GGAAGGGAAGGGAAGGGAAGUAAAGUAGUUUGACAUGUCGGAGCCUCCUGUGGGACCAGGAUCAUGGGCCAGGUCAGGGUCCGGGACGCUAAGGCCUGGAGUGGUGCGGCCCAUCGGACCAGAGGCUCUGGUGGCCCUGCUGGAGGGGGGGCUGGACCGGGUGGUGCUGAUAGACAGCCGACCUUUCGUGGACUACAAUGCCUCGCACAUCCUGGAGGCGGUGAACGUGAACUGUUCCAAGCUGAUGAAGAGGAGGCUGCAGCAGGACAAAGUCCAGAUCGCUGAGCUGCUGCAGCACUCGGCCAAGAAGAAGUUGGAGCUGCAGGACGAUCAGGAGGUUGUUGUGUACGAUCAGAGUUCUUCAGAUCCGGCUGCUCUCGGCUCCGACUCCUUCCUCAGCGUCCUGUUGGUUAAGCUGGAGAAGAGCUUCCCCUCCGUUCACCUGCUCUCAGGUGGGUUCUCUGAGUUCUCCCACCUGUUUCCUGGUCUGUGUGAGGGGAAGUCGGCUCUUGUCCCCUCCUGCAUCUCUCAGCCCUGCCUGCCCGUCACCAACAUCGGCCCGACCCGCAUCCUGCCUCACCUGUACCUGGGCUGCCAGAGAGACGUCCUCAACAAGGAUCUGAUGCAGCAGAACGACAUCGCUUACGUCCUGAACGCCAGUAACACCUGCCCCAAACCUGACUUCAUCCCAGAGUCUCACUUCCUGAGAGUUCCCGUCAACGACUCCUUCUGUGAGAAGAUCCUGCCCUGGCUGGACAGAUCAGUGGAGUUCAUAGAGAAGGCCAAAGCCUCCAACGCUCGGGUCCUGGUUCACUGCCUGGCUGGAAUCUCGCGCUCCGCCACCAUCGCCAUCGCCUACAUCAUGAAGAGGAUGGACCUGUCGCUGGACGAGGCGUACAGGUUUGUGAAGGAGAAGAGGCCCACCAUCUCUCCUAACUUCAACUUUCUGGGUCAGCUGCUGGACUUUGAGAAGAAGAUCAAAAGUCCUCACGGUACUGAAAACAAACUCAAGUCCCUCCAUCAUCUCGAGUCCAGCAGCGAGGUCCCAGCUCAGCCUGAGGACCCGGAGCCUCCAGCCUGUCCGGAGGCCCCUGUGGGCCCCGGCCUGGCCCUGCUGGAGCCCCUCACCCUGCCCUGUGUUUUAGACGACGCCCCUGAGGAGCGUCUGCUGGCUCAGGCCCUCAGUGGCCUGCAGCUCAGCGACGGUGCCGAGGACAACGCCCGGCUGAAGCGCUCCUUCUCUCUGGACAUCAAGUCAUACGGCGAGCCGGGUGGGAGUGCUCCUCACCGGGUGUUUGUCCCUCACAGUGGCUCAGGAGACGCCGCCGAGUACUACAAAACGUCCAGCUUCAAAGAGCCUGCCAGUAAACCCUGCCAGUUCUCCCCGGUGGAGGAGGUUUCAGAGCAGUCCACUCCAGAGCAGAGCCCCGACAAGGAGGAGGCCGACGGACCGGAGCGACUCACGCCGCCGACCUCCGGUGGCUUCACCAAACCUCAGCCCGCUGCUCCCAGCUGUUCGCACCAGCUGCACCGGAGCGGCAGCAUGGAGGAGAACGCCACCAGCUUCCUGUUCGGCCUCUCACGCAGCCAGCAGCACCUGGCCAAGCCGGGAUCCGGCGGGGCCCUGAAAGGCUGGCACUCGGACAUCCUGCUGGGCCCCGUCACUGUCUCCACCACCUCUCUGGCCAGCGGCUGGUACCUUGCCUCCGACUCCACACGCUUCUACUCCACCUCGGCCAUCCUGAGCGGCGGCAGCUUCGCGGCCUACAGCUGCGGCCACGGCCUGGAGGCGGUGCAGCGGCGCAGCCGGCAGAGGACGGGAGACCGCGGUGACUCGAGGAGGAGCUGGCACGAAGAGAGCAGCUUCGAGAAGCAGCUGAAGAGACGCAGCUGUCAGAUGGAGUUUGGAGACGGGAUGACGGACAGCAGGUCCAGAGAGGAGAUGGGGAAGGUGGGGAGUCAGUCGAGCUUCUCCGGCAGCAUGGAGAUCAUCGAGGUGUCCUGAAACUGAUCCUCGGACAGUUUGCGAAACGUCCCGCUUGGUCACGACGAGUCUGACUGAAGCUGCUUCAGUGUCGUGGGGAGGAGCGGGCAACGCACAUCGGCUGCUGGGCCGAGUGUCGAGAGACUCUGAUGUGACACAGCAGUUCAGGCGUGAGCUCCACACCGAUUGGCCCAAAUAUAAGAUGAUGUUUUUGUCUUCAGCAGAGUUUGGGGCGUCUCGCAUUGGAGGAGCAGACGGCUUCAGGCCGACUGGACGAGGCUGCCAGUCGGCUUAUGGUGAGCGUGUUAGAGUCCGUCAGCCCCGAAAGCAUUCAGGUAGUCCAGUUCAACCUGCAGGAGAUAAAUUCUUGACAAGUGAAAAUGAGUUGAAGGAAGAACCAGAAACCAUCUUAUGUUUGGGCCCCUGUGGUAUGACGUGCUGCUCGAUACGAGGAGAAACGCAGAACAUCAGCAGCGACCUGCAGAGCGGUUGACACCUGAACUGACCGCAGACACGUCCUUCUACAGUCCGUCAGAAACCAAACGGCUGAAUCCAAAUGAUCUCAUCAGUUCAACCUGCCGUCAUGGCAACACGUCCGGGAGCCAUAAUGACAGUAGAACAUGAAGCACCGCGGCUGAUACUGCUACUGAGUAUUAUGAAGUAGUAUUAAUGUAGUAGUUGUGUCACAGGGGUUCUUAAGAUGCACACACACACACACACACAAUAAAAAUCGUAAAACUGAAGUGUUAGCUGUCAAACAGCUGCUUGAACUCCAUAAAGAUCAAAGUGUUGUGAGCAGGUUCAGUUAUGAGCCAAAAACGAGAGGCUUUGAUUGCUUCCUGUUUCCUUUUGAUUUUCUGACAACUUUUAGUUGAUUUGAUUUUAAAAACGUCUCAAACUGCACGUUUUUCCGUUGUUUUUUGCGUAUGUGUUGGCCUGUUUGUUCGCAGCAGAGUCAGAGUCUGAAUUUGGUUUUGGUGUGAUCAGGAACACGUCCCCACGCAUCCCCAGACGUGAUGACAGUGAACACAUCACAGGAGGGCGUCUGGAUGAGUUUUGCUGUAGUGUGACCACAGACAACAGAGCUGCAGGUGUGCGCUCACCUGUCGACCGGGCGGCAGGGAUCAGCUCAGGUUUCUGGAGGACAAGCGGACUGCUGACCGAGUGAUUUGUCAGUCGGAAGGUGUUGCUGAUGUGUGCGACUUUAUUUAUGCCUUUGAAUGUUUCGUCUGGGUUGUGAAGUAGAGCUGCUCUUCGUCUGUUGGGAUGAUGAGGAUGAGGAAGACUGGACCAGCAGUACCUCACAGAGACGUUUGAGGUGGCUCAGUGGCAGGUGAAGCCUCAGGUGGACUUACCAGACUGGGGCCAGAGGAUCAGUGAUGGACAGCGAGUUGAGGUGUGGACUCACUCUGGUUCAUGUUGCACUACUGUGGUUUGGAUCUGAUUAAACUUGUACAAAGCAGUAA